CGUUGCGCGGAGUUUAUAUUUUCGUACACAUUUCAGUGGCGGGAGAUGUUUGACUGAGCAAGACUGACACGAUAUCGUUUGUUUUUAAUGUUGGAAACAGUGCCACAAUUGAAGGUUGACACACACAGAUAGCAGAUAGCGUGGGGGAACAAGUCACGAUGGAUGAUUUCGGCGUUUUUGCGGUUUUUGGAGUAAACGGUCCUGCUCAAAGGUUGCUGAGUGGCGACGGUUCGUCUCGAGUUGCUGUUGCAGUUCCCCCGAGUGUCCGCCAGGUGGUGCUGUUCAGCAGCGGGCCGUGGGGGGAAAGGAUCUGCGUCAACGCGGAGCUCAACGACGCCGACAGGAUGCCCAUAACCAUUGGGAAGAUAACCCCAUAUAACAAGUGCCUGUCAUGGGAGCAGUGGGAAGAGGAGACAUGGACUGGCAGUGUUAUACUGAAUGUCACCCUGGAAAGAGGAAGCCUGGAAAAAUCGGAUUGGUCAGAGCCGGAGCUCGUCCUGGCCGUGACAGAAUACACCCCAAAGCUUUGUCCCUCGCAGGACACUGUGCUCCCCUUACAGCUCGGGAGCUCAACGGCAAGAGGAAGAGAGAACAUGCGACCGAGGGAGACGGUGACGAGAACAAACCGACCAAGCGAGGGGAAGAGGAGAACGUGUGUCCAAAUGGGGGCGCGGCGGAAAGGGCCACGCCUGUGCGGAAGGGUAGGGUGCAAAACAAGGGCGGGCAGAAGCUGUUCAGCAGUGGAGGAGAUGCGACAAAGGCCAAGGGAACAGCUAAUGUAGCAGGAGAGGCGCAGGGGAUUGUGGGAAGAACGCCUCCUCAGAGUGCAGCCAGGACAAAGAGUAGGCAGGCCAAGACUCCCACACAAACUACCCCGUUGGUCAGCCCGUCAGGUCGCUGGGGUCAGUCUCUGUGUGCUAUUGAUGCUCAGACAGCUAUUCUGAUCGGAGGGCAGGGCGCCAGGAUGCAGUUCUGCAAAGAUCCCAUGUGGAAGCUCUGCACAGAGGACAAGUCCUGGGUUGCAGCUGAGACUCUGGCAGAGGGUCCGACGCCAGAGGCCAGAAUCGGACACACGGCCAUCUACGACCCAGACUCCCGGCGGAUUUUCGUCUUCGGGGGCUCCAAGAACAGGAAGUGGUUCAAUGACGUUCACAUUCUGGACACACAGAGCUGGAAGUGGACCAUGGUGGAGGCUCAAGGUAAGGUUCCUCCUCUGGCCUACCACAGCUGCAGUAUGUUCCGAGGGGAGCUGUUUGUGCUCGGUGGGGUGUUCCCCUGCCCUAACCCGGAGCCCGACGGCUGCAGUGACUCUCUGUACAUCUUCGACCCAAACCUCUCCAUUUGGUACCAGCCGAUUGUAACCGGAGACAUGCCCUCCCCUCGCUCAGGUCAUUCCGCGUGUGUGAUGCAGGAGAGGAAGAUCUACGUGUUUGGAGGAUGGGAUACUCCUGUCUGCUACAAUGACAUGUACAUGUUGGACCUGGGGCUGAUGGAGUUUUCUGUUGUUAAAACGACUGGGAAGGCCCCGUCCCCACGAAGUUGGCAUGGGAGUGCUGUGCUCUCCGACACAAAGUUCCUGGUACACGGAGGUUACAACGGAAACAAUGCUCUCAGUGACACCUUCAUCUUUGAUAUUGACACAAACAGCUGGACAGAGGUGACGCUCCCUCAGCUUGCCGUCCCAAGGGCGGGGCACUCCAUCGUCACCAUGGAGAUGGCUGAACACCCCCGUUUCUCAGGGGAGGAUGAAGAUGUGGACAAGAACACGGGACCGGUCAGCAGGACCUUGCUGGUGUUUGGAGGCGGAGACAACGAGGGGAACUUCUACUCGGACCUGACGACUGUCGCUGUGGAGGAACUGCUCGCUGCUUUUUAAAGAGAGAGUGAGACAAAGGUGAAUCCUCACUCCCCGUCAGCAUUGGAAGCUAUUUAAACACCCCCAAAGACUCUUUAUUAUUUAUAUUUCUAUCGUCUUGUUUUAGGCUAUUAAAUUUACUGUGGCAGCCUGAGCAUGUGGGAUUUACAAUUUGGGUGUUGUUUUUUUUCUAAUAUAGACAUCACGUCUGCAUUUCAAGAAUAUGAAAGCUUCUUUUCUCGAAGAAACCUCUCAGUGUCUUCAGAUUCAAACAAAUAAAAACAAAGAUUUUGUUUUGAGACAUCAAAUAUGUUAUGAUAUUUUAGUCAUAAAGACCAUUACCCAGUGUUUUAUGUUCAUGGUUUAAAGCUUUUGUAAAGAUUUCCUCAGGUAUAAUCUUUACUUCUAGGAUUGUCUUCACUUUUACUCUUACCUUAGACUUUCUUUUUUACUGAUUGUUUCUAAAGAAAAAAACGCUUCUAUUGCUGCAGGUUUAUUGACUGAGUUACAUCAUGCUCCUAUUUUGUCAUUAACUCCAAACUGCUGAUUGUGAUCUCUAAAAAACCCUGUUCAUGUUCCUUUUUUUGCACUUGGCUUCUGUCUUUUAUGAAUAAACUUUUUUGUUUUUCAA